AUGCCCACCCAGUGGGUAGACUGGUCGAAAACGACCCGGUCGCAAGACUACCGCGGCUCAGGCUCGUUCGCGACCUUUCUCAUCAUCGGCCCGGUCUGUUUCGCCCUCGGCAUCCUCUUCGCCUCCUUCCCCUACGACUUCCCGCUCCUCUGGACGUCCGACCCCAUCCCGCCCCCCUUCCUCGACCACCUGGAAACCCACCUCCGCCUCAUGCACCAAUCGCCCCCCCUCAUCGCCCGCAUGCUGCACAUCAUCGUCUUCGUCGGCUUCUUGGGGUUCUUCAUCAAGCUGUUCCGCCCGUCCGAGGCCAACAUCCUGUUCGACGGCGGCAGCCUGAUGCUGUACGUCAUCGGCGCGGGCGUGUACCUGAGCAAUAUCGUCAAGGGGAUGAGGGCGGUCAGCCAGCCGGGCGGGUUGGCCGCCGCGGAGGCUGCUGCUGCUGCCGCUGGGGGGGCGGCGCCGUCGUCGCAUGUGGGUCCCGUGAGUGGGGCGGUGAUGUUGGGUCGGGAGGAUAGCCUGCGCGUGCUGAGCGCGAGCCAUGUGAUUCUGGCGUUGGUUUUGGUGGGGGUGUUGGUGCUGCAGGCCGGGCAGUGGUAUGCGGAGCGGAAGGAGGCGGAUGAGGUGGCUCAGUUGGAUAGGGAGGCGGCGGACCGGAAGGGGGCGGCUGGCGCGGGGAAGAAGAAGUUGUGAUGAUAAGAUGCCGGGGAGGGCUCAGCUCGGUAAAAGGUUGGAUUUUGGGUCGUGUGUGAAUAGAUGGACAGGUUGUUCAGAUAUUUCGAUAAAACUGUUGUCUCCUUGUUGAAUCCAUGGGUGCGGCUGCCACACAUUCCAGCGGCUCCGCAACUACAUAUCUCAGCCAAUGUUCCUGAGGCGUGUGUUUGGACAACUCAAAAACGAGCAAGCAAGUUGGUUGUGAUAAGGUUGAUUAAAAUAUGUACGGCUCGAAAACCCAAAGUUGGCAGUCUAAUACCGGGGUAUAAUGUUCCAUCCUUCUAUAACCCCAGCGAGACCACGCUGAUGCCGAGUAUGAUGCGCGUCUCCCUUUAUCCAGCCCAAGACGCCCCUCCGAUCCAAAAAGAACUCCAUAUCCAUGCGAUAUCAAAAAGGGUGGUAUACCACUCAAGAAAAUAGGAAAGCACCGCGCCGCCACCAAAUUCGGCAUUAAUUCAACC